AUGGCGGGUCUGUCCAGAGCGCCGCAGCAAUGGGCCACUUUUGCCCGAGUUUGGUAUCUCUUAGAUGGGAAAAUGCAGCCCCCUGGCAAGCUUGCUGCCCUGGCAUCGGUUAGACUUCAAGGAUUGCAUAAGCCUGUGUACCAUCAACUGAGUGACUGUGGGGAUCAUGUUGUCAUCAUGAACACAAGGCACAUUGCAUUUUCUGGAAACAAAUGGGAGCAAAAAGUAUACUCCUCACAUACUGGCUACCCAGGAGGGUUUAAACAAGUAACAGCCUCUCAGCUUCACCAGAAGGACCCAGUAGCAAUUGUAAAACUAGCUAUUUAUGGCAUGCUGCCAAAAAACCUUCACAGAAGAACUCUGAUGCAGAGGUUGCAUCUUUUCCCAGAUGAAGAUAUACCAGAAGAUAUUCUUAAGAAUUUAACAGAAGAGCUUCCUCAACCACGAAAAGUGCCCAGACGUCUAGAUGAGUACACACAAGAAGAAAUAGAGGCUUUUCCAAGAGUUUGGUCUCCACCUGAGGAUUAUCGGCUGUAG